AUGUCGAGUGCCUGGCUGCUGGGGCUUUUCUGCGUACUAAAGUGCAUUGAAAUCACACACGCUAGAUGUUCUAAAUCGCAGUAUGAAUCUGGACCUGGUUACUGGCUGAAAUGUUCCAACAGCACUAUAGCAGAUGUCUCCAACGAGCAGGCAGUACUCUCCGCAAUAACGAUGUUAAACUCAAACAUGAAAUAUAUCUCGGCAAACUCAUUUAUGAAGCACCGAGGAACUCUGAUUGUACUGAACCUCCAGAACUGCGAGAUAUUCGACGUGCAUCCCCUUGCCUUUUCCAACUUUCCAAAAUUGAAAAAGCUGAGUCUGUCUCACAAUAAAUUGACGCAUUUGGAAAGUAAUUGGUUCAUGGAUCUCCCAAAUCUUGAACAACUGGACGUCUCGUACAACCUCAUUCGAACAGUACAAGCUAAUUUUUUCACAAAAAUGCCGAGACUUCGACUUUUGAGUCUAGCUGGAAAUCAGCUGAACUGUCUUGAUCUAAAAGAAUUGGCACCCUUGGGGAGUCUCGCAAAAAUAAGAAUCUCGGAGAAUCCAAUGUCGUUCCUCUGCCGCGGACAAUUGACCCUAUGGCUGAAGGAUCAUGGAAUAAAUUACUCGAACGAGCGUCCAAAUGGAAUGGAAAGUUGGCUGGACAGUUUACUCUGGCUCUGUGCCAUAGAGGACGAUGUGAUUGCUAAAUCCGAAGAAAAAAUGAGACAAUGUGUCGUCCUGGGGAUGUUCAAUCAGUUCCGGAAGGCUAUUAUGACCUUGGAGGACUAUCAAAGUACAACAAAUGUGUGCGUCAGUGAGAGAAAAAGCUUUCUCAGCUCUUUGAGUGAUUUUAAACAACCGGGAGAGUCUCUGACGAAUGCACUGGCCAUCGAAAACAUGAUCAGAGUCGUCGGGAGUGUCUUAGUCAAUAACUAGGACGGUUUCAAUUUUCGUGGAUUCAGAGAUUCAUUACUACGCAUUGGGUUUAAACAAGGGAUUAUUACAUUGUUUCUCGAGGGUUUGGGGAAUGCAGAGUACAAGAGUACAUGCUCGAAACUAGCGGAUAAGUGUAUAUAUGACUGGUUAGUGUGUUUCCUGGCUCAAGGCUACUAUCGAUCCAGUCGAUUUCAACGCGAUAUCGUUGUGUACUUCGGGCCACUCAGGCCGGGAUAUAAUUUAAUGCUCUUUGGAGACUAAACCGCACAUUUCGGAGUUUAUUGUAACCACGAGGAAUGUACUUCAAUAUUUUAGGUACAUGUGCCAAUAUUUUUGGAGGCUUUAUGAAAUAUAUUUGAGACGUUUCGUCGGUA